AUGUUCCCCUUCCUGAUCUUGGGUCAGUUUCACUUUCCGUUCUACCUGUCAGCGACCGAGAGGUCAGAGCCUGGACGCUGCGGAGAAGAGCAAAAACAAGUGGAGUGAAGUCCUCAGUAAGCUGUCAUUUUCUCAUCCAGCGGGAUUUAUAGACUACCUUUGUUACCAUUAAGUCGACUAGAGGAAGUGCAUGCGGACAGGACCGCAGCAACGCGACCUGAGAAGGUGUAAACAUGGCUUCUGAAGUUACACCGGGACUCAAUUUGAAGGAGGCUGAGGAACUGGCCCUCUCUCUGAGUGAAGCCCUCAGCAGUGGGGACGAACCGGAAGCUGUCAAACUGUGCCAGAGACUGGCACAGCUCUCUGUGCCAGUGUCCGUCAGAAUCAGCAGUCAGGCCUACCCUCAGGACUCCAUAAGGUUGUGGGUUGGAGUGGAGGAUGCCCAGUCAGAGGCCUACAUUCCAGUGACUGUUGAGGUUUCUACUGACAUGACAAUUGCACAACUUAAAGAGAAGUUCAGCGAUGACUUUGGGUUCGCCCCCGCGCUGCAGCGAUGGGUGAUCGGAAAGCGGCUGGCCCAGGACCGGGAGACGUUGUACAGCCACGGUGUCCGUGAGGAUGGGGACAAAGUUUUUCUGUUUAUCCUCUCCGCCCAUGCUGCUCAUCUCACACGGCAACAACACAAGCUGGACCAGGAGCAACAACGCAUAGAGGGUAUUGUGGAGUCAAUGCAGACGAUGCAGCUUUUGGCCAGAGGGCUGGGCAUGGGUGGUGGUGACAAGACAAUUCCUCCCCCAGAGACUCAACUCACUCCUCCUCCACCUCCUCCUAAACCAGUUGUGCCUCCUAAACCUCAGCUGGGCUGGGCCUGUGCUAUGUGUACGUUCAUGAACAAACCAACGCGUCCUGGCUGUGAGAUGUGUGGAGAGGAGCGUCCAGAGGAUUAUGAGGUGCCCAACAUCUACCAACCAGACCAGGAGGAGAUUCUUCGAAUUCAACAGGAAAAGCUGGCCAUGUUGCAGUACGAACAGGCUCAGCGGGAGGAACGAGAGAGGAAUUACCUGCAUUUGUUGGCAACAGAGGGCCAGAAACUCAUCUCCAACACCGCAGAGAUAGACUGUCCCAUCUGCUUCUCUACCCUGGAGCCAGGAGAGGGCAUCGUGCUCAGAGAGUGUCUACACACCUUCUGCAGGGAUUGUCUGAAAGGGACAAUAGUGAACAGUCAGGAUGCUGAGGUGUCCUGUCCCGACGCAUGUGAGAGCAAGCUCCUGGACCGAGAGAUCCAAGCGCUGCUCACCGAAGAGGAGCACCAGCGGUUUCUGGAGUUGCGCCUGAGCAUCGCAGAAAGUCGCUCAGAGCACAGCUUCCACUGUCAGACUCCCAACUGCCGAGGGUGGUGCAUCUACGAGGAUGAAGUCGACGAGUUCCACUGUGAGCUCUGUGACGAAACCAACUGCAUUCUCUGCAGGGCCAUCCAUAAUGAUAUGAACUGUAAGGACUACCAGGAUGACCUGCGCAUCCGAGCAGAGAACGACCAGGCGGCUCAGCAAACUAAGCAGAUGCUGGAGAGCUUGCUACAGAAUGGGGAGGCCAUGAAAUGUCCACGGUGUGACAUCAUCGUCCAGAAGAAAGACGGCUGUGAUUGGAUCUGCUGUUUGAUGUGCAAGACAGAGAUCUGCUGGGUCACCAAACAAGCUCGCUGGGGCCCGAAUGGAAAGGGCGACACAUCUGGGGGCUGUAGAUGCCGAGUCAAUAAUCAGUCAUGCCAUCCCAACUGCCAAAAUUGCCACUGAGGGAAGCACACUAAUGAACACACACAGCUGCAAGUGCAUGCACUGUCUUAAGAAACAUAGACCUCUGCUGAUGCUUAAGCUGCUGGCUACAUUCAUGUGGUUAUUUUUCCUUACUUUAAAAGUUUAAGGUUUUUCAGUGUGCCUUGGUGUCUUGUUACUAAGGCACACCUUUCUUCAACUGUGCGGUAACUGUAGAUAUAAAUACCGUACACAUGCUAUACAGACUGCCAGCUACAUCUCCAUAGCUGAGGAUACUAACUCUGUGUGAGAAAAUAAGCUUUACUGGGAUCUUAUGCUAUAAUAAUACAUUUUUUGUGAUAAAUGAAUGCUUGCCAUACAUGUUGACCACUGGCUACUGCUUGUGUCACAAUUCAGUUUGAUGAGCCAGCAAUGAUAUUCUGUUUACUUGAGUUUGGCUUCUACUCAAUACACAUACAUUAAUCAGAGAAAGACACCAGAAUAUUUGUCUUUUAUCUUUAAAGACAAAUAUGCAAAAAAUGGCUAAAACUCAAAUACAAUAAAUUAAAAUGUCAACAGCUAACAUCUCCAUAAAUAAGGAAACCCUAUUGUGUUUUUCUUCCUAUGAUCAGAAUGUUUUUUUAUUGUUGUAACCGGUGGUUAUGUUUGCUGUUUUUGCCAAAAAAUGAUUGAUUUGUUAUCAUAAUUAUAAUAGCAGAUUUUAUUUCAGUCUACUUAUCAGACUGCGGUGAAGGAUUUCGUUUACAUUGAAUGAAUGUGUUAGUAAUGCAAAACAUGCUGCUCUGAUGCACUUAAUAACUGAAAUAUCAGGUUAAAUGGCACAAUGGACAAAUAAUGAUACUGUAUUUUUGUAAGAUUUCAGGAUUUUAUCUGUACGUCCUAAG